ACAAUGAAAGCUGCACAUACCAAUUCGGAAAAUCUCAUCCACGACUCGAUGACCAAAGCUUUUCCGAAGCUAAUGCUGUGGCUGAUUCUGUUGGUGACGGCCACUUUCUUAGUCUUCACAACUAAGCUGCUUUCCUCCCCUCACGAUUCCUGCGACGACCAAAUCUUCGCCUCCGGCAAUUUACCGGUCGUCCGAGCCGCAAACGAGACGACGCUGCCGGUUCAGAAACCCUCGGAAUCGCUCCAAUUUGUGAGCUCACGCGCCGAGAGACAGAAUCAGACUGGGCUGGAGCACAUUGUUUUUGGCAUUGCCGCGUCGGCCAAUUUUUGGGGGAAGAGGAAGGAAUACAUCAAGCUAUGGUGGAAUCCGCAGCUAGGAAUGCGAGGAAUUGUGUGGCUGGAUCGCCGCGUGAGAGCGUACAAAAACGAGACGGAGAGGCUGCCGCCACUUAGGGUUUCGAGCGACACGUCGCAAUUCGCUUACAGGAACAAGCGAGGGCACCGCUCCGCAAUCCGGAUUUCUCGGAUUGUGUCGGAGACUCUGAGGUCGGCGGAGAUGGGGGACGUGCGGUGGCUGGUGAUGGGCGACGACGACACGGUGUUUGUAGCGGAGAAUUUGGUUAGGGUUUUGAGGAAGUACGAUCACAAUCAGUACUACUACAUCGGGAGCUCGAGCGAGAGCCAUUUGCAGAAUAUACAUUUCUCCUACGCAAUGGCGUACGGCGGAGGCGGCUUCGCGAUAAGCUAUCCGCUUGCGGUUGCGCUGCAGAAGAUGCAGGAUAGGUGUAUACAGCGCUACCCAGGGUUGUACGGCUCCGACGAUCGGAUGCAGGCGUGUAUGGCCGAACUCGGGGUGCCACUCACUAAAGAACUCGGCUUUCACCAGUAUGAUGUUCAUGGGGAUUUAUUCGGGCUCUUAGCAGCGCACCCUGUCACACCACUAGUGUCAUUGCACCACUUGGAUGUGGUGGAACCAAUAUUCCCCAAUGUCACUCGAAUCCAGGCACUGCAGCGGCUGAGAAUGCCAAUGCAGCUUGAUUCAGCCGCUCUGAUGCAGCAGUCCAUUUGCUAUGACAAAACCAAUAGUUGGACUAUAUCAGUGUCAUGGGGAUUUGCUGUUCAAGUAUUCAGGGGAGUGUUAUCACCUAGAGAGAUUGAGAUGCCAUCAAGGACUUUCUUGAACUGGUACAAGAGAGCUGAUUACACAGCCUAUGCAUUCAACACACGACCGGUUAUGAGGAAUCCAUGUCAGAAGCCCUUUGUUUUCUAUUUGUCAAGGGCGAGAUUGGAGUCAUCUACUGAUCAAACAGUGAGUAUAUACACCCAGCAUCAUGCUCCUCAACCUGAAUGCAAAUGGAAUAUUACUGAUCCAACUGAUAUUGAUCGAGUGGAGGUACACAAGAAGCCUGAUCCCCAUCUAUGGGAUAGGUCUCCAAGGAGAAAUUGUUGUUGGGUCUUGAGGUCGACGAAGAAAAGCAUGGUUAUUGAUGUGGGAGUAUGCAGGGAAGGUGAGAUCACUGAAGUUUAAAAUGCUGGCACAUAGUCCCCAAUCGAUCUUCACCAGUUCCCUUCAUUCAAUGAUCUGUUAAUCAACAACUUGACAUUUCUUGGGACAGAGGUGUAUACCAAGAAAAUUUUCUGAGCUUUAUAGCCCGCCAUUAUUUAUUGAGGCUAUGUACCAUUAUAAAGUUGAAACACAUGAAUAUAGAGAGAUCUGCCAUUUGUCCUGCAUAAGUUUGUAAGAUUAUGCAGAUGGCUGUAUAGGUUUGGAUACCAUUAAAUUAUGUAAUAGAAAAUUAAAGUACAGGAUGUGGUAUGUUUGUACUUGCAUUUUGUCAAAACGUUAACAAGAAUGGGGCCUACCAGCUGGAGCUGUUGAAUUUUAAGCUAUCUAAGAAUGUGAUUAUGUCCCUUUCAAAAAAAUGUGAUUAGGUUGCAUCUGCAUCUGGUGCAAUUCAUUGUAUCUUUUGAUGAUAUAUCAAUCUAUCCGUUUUCAUAGGCAAAA